AUGGCGAAAUGCCCAUAUUGCUGUAAAGAAUUUCGUUAUGUAAAUAAACACUCCUGGCGCUGUGCACAUAGAACGAUACCUGCAACUAGUGAAUUAAACAACAACAAUUCUAAUACAAGUUCGGUUAACAAUAUCUCAACAAAAAAUAACUCUGAUUCUGGCUCAAUUAAUCUUUUAAUUCAAAAUAAUGAUAAUUCUAAUAUAAGUUCGAAUAAUACCUCAAUUAAAAAUAAAUUGGUUACUAGCUCAAAUAAUGUUUCAAUUUUAAAUAAUGAUAAUUAUAACAAUAAUUUGUUUAAUAAGUUUGAAAGUAUGUUGUCUUGCUGUUGCGGUAGAUAUUUUCGAGGCAGAAAGGGUCUUAUAAUGCAUCACAGAUCCUGUAAAAUGUUCAAUUCUCGACAAGCUAUUAGCUCGGUUGAAAAUGCCAACAAGACUAUCAACCAACCACGAUCAUUUCAACACAAAUCUGCCCCAGCGACAACACCACAUCCUCUCCCAGGCGUUAAGUUACCUAAAACUCAACAGCAGUGGACGGAAGCCAACGCCUAUUUUCACCAUAAACUAAAUUUCCUCAACAAUAUUGACGACAUCGACAGCUACACCCAGCAUCUACAACAAACAGUCUAUCAAUACUUCGCCGACUCACACGGUACACAAAAACCUAUCGUCUCAACAUCAGUCAACGCCAAAAUCAAACAACUAAAGAAAAAACUUAAAAUCUUAAAAACUCUAGGACGCAACAACAACAAUUACAACAACGAAAUAAAAAAUCUGAGCAAACAAAUUAGAUCAACACUUCGUGGGGCGAAGUUGGCGAAGGGUGACGAUCAAUUAAAUAUAUCUAGUCAACUGUCAAAAAAUUUCUGGAGAACAUGCAGAAAAACGUUCUCGCCAACCACAUCGCUACCUCCAUUAUUCGACGUCGAAAAGGGUAGUAGCCACUUUGGCAACGUAAUGAAGUCGAAGGAUAAUGAAGAGUUUAAUAUUCCUGAGUGGAUUCCAUCCUUGCCGGCUCCGUCCUUCAGUGGUAAUGUUAACCCGCCAACUUAUGAGGAAAUUUCAUCUAUCAUUCGCAAAAUUCGAUCCAGGGCCUCUCCAUGCCCUCUGGAUCAGAUAUCGAUAAUAAUGUUCAAAAGAUGUCCUAUCCUCAAAACUUAUCUCCAUAGACUACUCUCAAAAUGUUGGGCCUCAUCUACUAUUCCAAAAGCCAUGUUCAUCGAAUCUGAAAAACCUUCCAUCAACAUCCAACAACGAAUCACAACAACACUUCCAACUCGAAGAAUGAACAACAAUAACGUUCAUCGGAUCAACCAGCAAUCUAACAAUGAUAAUAACAACACCAUCAACAACAACAGCAAUAAUAAUAAUGUGAACUCUUAUUUUCAGAAAACAUCAAGGCAAAUCAAAAUAAAAUAA